CCUUGGGGAAACAGGAGAUCCAGCAGGCAGCCGGCACAGCAGGCAGCCGGCACAGCAGGCAGCCGGCACAGCAGGUAGCCGGCACAGCAGGCAGCUGGCACAGCAGGUAGCCGGCACAGCAGGGCCAGGUAGCAUCCAAGAGGCAGAGCACACCUGUUUGCCUACCAGAAUGAGGACGGAGAACAAAGGCACAGGGACACCUCUGCCCAUGCCGAACUUAGAAGGGCGCCUCCAGCCCACCCUGGCCCUGGCUACCCUAAGUGCAUCCUUUGGCUCCGUCUUCCAGUAUGGCUACAACAUCUCCGUGAUCAACACGCCACACAAGGUCAUGAAGUCGUUUUACAAUGACACAUACUUUGAGCGACAUGGAACCUUCAUGGAUGAGAAUACCCUGCUGCUCCUGUGGUCCUGCACUGUCUCCAUGUUCCCUCUGGGAGGCGUGUUGGGGUCCCUGAUUGUUGGCCUGAUGGUCAAUAAGUGGGGCAGAAAAGGAACACUGCUGAUCAACAAUGUCUUCGCUAUAACCUCUGCCAUCCUGAUGGGAGCCAGCAAAGUGGCCCGGUCUUUUGAGCUGAUCAUCUUGUCUCGAGUGCUGGUGGGAAUCUGCGCAGGCAUCUCCUACAGUGCUCUUCCCAUGUACCUGGGAGAACUGGCACCCCGGAACCUGAGGGGUACAUUAGGGACGAUGACCGAGGUGUUUAGCGUCGUUGGAAUCCUCCUGGGACAGAUCUUCAGCCUGCAGGCCAUCCUCGGCAAUGCCACAGGCUGGCCAAUCCUCCUGGCUCUCACGGGGGUCCCUGCACUGAUUCAGCUCUUCUCGCUGCCCUUCUUCCCCGAGAGCCCGCGCUACACUCUGAUUGAGAAAGGAGACGAGGACGCGGCCAGACAAGCUCUAAGGAGGCUGCGAGGUCACAGCUACGACGUGGAAGCCGAGAUGGAAGAAAUGCGCACAGAGGAACGCACCGAGCAAGCGGAGGGUCGCCUGUCCGUGUUCAACCUCUUCACCUUUCGGCCCCUGCGCUGGCAGCUCAUCUCUAUCAUCGUGCUCAUGGCCGGCCAGCAGCUGUCUGGGAUCAAUUCGGUCCACUACUAUGCAGACAUCAUUUAUACGUCGGCUGGCGUGGACCCCACCAAGUCCCAGUACGUGACCGUGGGUGCUGGUUUGAUCUGCUUGGUGAUGACUCUCAUCUCCGCGGUCGCCGUGGAGCGUCUGGGGCGGCGCAUCCUCCUGCUGUCUGGCUAUGCCAUCUGCAUCUCUGCCUCCUUGGUGCUGACCACGGUGCUCCUCCUUCAGAGCACGGUCCCUGAGCUGUCGUACCUUGCCAUCGUCUGUGUCUUCACCUACAUCGUGGGACAUGCCAUAGGCCCCAGUACUGUCCCCUCGGUGCUGAGGACAGAGAUUGUCCUGCAAUCGUCUCGGACAGCUGCGUUAACGGUGGACGGGGCUGUGCACUGGUUCAGCAACUUCAUCAUGGGCUUGGCCUUCCCAUCCAUCCAGGUGGCCAUUGGGGCCUACAGUUUUCUCAUCUUUGCUGCACUCUGUCUCCUCACGGCUGCUUACAUCUAUGUGGUAAUUCCUGAGACCAAGGGCAGGACAUUUGUGGAGAUAAACUGUGCUUUUGCCAAGAGAAAUGGAAUUGAGUUUCCACAAGAGAAAGAAGGAACCACAGCCAAGCCUCACCCACCUUCUCUGCAUGCCAAGGAAACAUCCUUUUGAGGAUUCUGAGGACGCACAUGCUCCAGCAUCCUUCUUUGAGAAGGUCACUCGGGGACCAGGCCUUUGGAGAGGAACAGCUCUGAGACUUUGGUGCUUCCUGUAGCAACUGGAAGACUUUGGAAAACACAGCCCUGAUUUACCUGACAAGGGCUGGCUUCUUGGCUCACCGUGAGGGAUGAUAUAGUGAUGAGGACGAAUCUAAGUGCUGAUUGGCAGGGGCCGACUCUCUGAUUCUAUCUUCAUGCCAAAACUUACAUGAGGUACGGAUGCAGUUUAAGCAUUGGAAGUUCAGGGUCUCAGCUUCAUGUUAUUAUAACAAAAUAACUGAAGCAAUUAACUGAUUUAAAAAAAUAUAGCCAGGGUGGUUGUUGCGCUUGUCUUUAGCUCCAGCACUUGGGAGGCAGAGGCAGACCAAUCUCUGAGUUCAUGGUCAGCCAGGCAGGACUGCACAGAGAAACCGAAUUUCAGGAAAACCAAAACAAGGGGCUGGAGAGAUGGCUCAGCGGUUAAGAGCACUGGCUGCUCUUCCAGAGGUCCUGAGUUCAGUUCCCACCCACCUGGUGGCUCACAGCCAUCUGUAAUGGAAUCUGAUUCCCUCUUGUGCUGAGCAUGAAAACAGUGUUCACAUACAUAAAAAAAAAUGUAUAUAAAAAAGAAAAUGUCAAUAUUAAAAAAACAAAACAAGUAAAUAUGUAAGUAAGUAAAUAAAUAAAUAAAAGGUGAUUUGGGCUCCUGUU